UAGCGCAGACCAAAUGAUGUUCUGUGUGCGCGCUCCUGCGCCCUGACUGCGCCUUUUGCGCGCGUAUCCAGAACGCACGACGCGUCAGGAGAAAUCCCGUCUACUCACCGAAUCCAUUACGCAUGAGUGGCCGUAUGGCGCACACCGGAGCAGGGCUCUGUCCUCCCCAGGGGCACAUGAGUCCACACGGGAACGGCACGCACAGUAACCAGAGCGUGUGCCUGAACGCCUCUGAUGCGCACGGAGCAGGGAACCGGAGCCUGGCAGCGGCGAACAGCAGCAGCGAUCCUUUCGGCCGCAAUGAGGAAGUGGCCAAGCUGGAGAUCACGGUGCUGAGCCUGACCUUCCUGGCGGCGGUUGCGGGCAACGUGAGUGUGCUGUUGGCUGUGCGCAAUGCGGCCAAGAAGAGCUCGCGGGUGCACCUGUUCAUCAAGCACCUGAGCCUCGCCGACCUGGUGGUCGCCUUCUUCCAGGUCCUGCCGCAGCUCUGCUGGGAGAUCACGUUCCGCUUCUACGGGCCCGACUUCCUGUGCCGCGUGGUGAAGCACCUACAGGUGCUCGGCAUGUUCGCCUCCACCUACAUGCUGGUGAUGCUGACAGUGGACCGCUACAUCGCAAUCUGCCACCCGCUCCGGAGCUUGCAGGGGGCCACGCGGCGCGCGCGCCUGAUGAUCGCGUGCACGUGGCUGUGCAGCGUGGCGCUCAGCACCCCGCAGUACUUCAUCUUCUCGCUGAGCGAGAUCGAGAGCGGCUCGGAGGUCUACGACUGCUGGGGACACUUCAUCGAGCCGUGGGGCGUGCGCGCCUAUAUCACCUGGAUCACCGUGGGCAUCUUCCUCGUGCCGGUCUCCGUGCUCGUGGUGUGCUAUGGCUUUAUCUGCCGCAGCAUCUGGAAGAACGUCAAGUGCAAGACGAAGGGCGGCGCGGCGCACGGCGCGGGCACGGGCACGGGCGCGCUGAUCGGCAAGGCAUCGGUGAGCAGCGUGAGGACCAUCUCCAGGGCCAAGCUCCGCACCGUCAAAAUGACCUUCGUCAUCGUGCUCGCCUACAUCGUGUGCUGGGCUCCGUUCUUCAUCGUGCAGAUGUGGUCGGUGUGGGACAAAAAUUUCUCCUGGGACGACUCGGAGAACACGGCAGUGACCCUGUCGGCGUUGCUCGCCAGCCUGAACAGCUGCUGCAACCCGUGGAUCUACAUGCUGUUUGGCGGUCACCUCCUGUACGACUUCCUGCGCUGCUUUCCGUGUUGUCGGAGGCUUGGGAACGCCCUUCGGAACGACUCGGACAGCAGCCUGAAGAGGAAUACUCUGCUGAGCAAACUCCCGGCUGCCUGCACACCGCCCAACGCCCCGGACUCCUGGAGGGGCGCAAACAAGAAAAACCGGGCUGCUGCAGAGGACUGUCCUCAUAAAGUCAAUCAGGGUGUCCCUGUGGACUCUUCACCCAAGAGGACCCAAAGCACAGACAAUCUGAGCAAGAACAGUGUCACCAACCCAGACUAAGGACUAAAUACAGACUGGAUUUCUUUCCUGCCACUUUUGUCCACUAGGGGGUCUAUACAUGUUUACAUGUGCUUGGUGCUCGUUAGUGCAAUUAUCUAGUGAGACAGUCAUAGAGCAGCAGUGCGACGCGUAAAGAUGGGACGUUGUAGGGGGUUCUGAAAGAGAAAUCCGGAAGAGGUAUCUAUAUAUCGUAUAUAAAAGAUAAUUGGGGGUCAUUUUGGAAGAAAUGAUCUGGCAAAUGCAAGUUUCAGCUAGUUCUAAGUUCUUGGGUCUGCAGGAACUAGUGAAAAUCCCGGCACCACCACAGCUGCCACUGUUGAGCCCUAGAGCAAGACUCUUGUCCCUCUCAAAUGUAUAAAUAAAAGCAUUAUAAGUCAGCCUGGAUAAACACUGUAUAUGUUAGGUUCUGAGUGAAAAACACAGUGAAAACUCAGAAUGUGAUCUUCUUGGUGAAACCAAAGUAUUUUGAGAUCCUUUUCACCACUGGUGUAACGCCUAACCAAACUUUCCCGCCAGCUCAAACCAGUUUAGUCAUUUAUUUCGAUCAAGUUUCUCGACAAGAUUCAUUUCUUAACGGCUCGCUGGGUGUUUUUUGUUUUCUGCACCACUUUACAGUAUCUAUUGUGCAUGAAAAAGAAAAGAAAAAAACAUCAGGUCUGCCACAUCUGGCGAAAUCUUUACAAAGACCUCUAAUCAAAAGGUUUUCAAAACCCUAAUUCUUGAUACCUGAGUGAAACAGUUUGCUAAAUUAAAUCACUUUUUUUCCCCUCGAUUGAAUUUAAAUGUGAACGUGACGGAUAAACCGAAAACAUUUGCUGAAUUAUAAAAACGUAUUAAACGCCUGGAAAAACUGCUUUUAAAAAAUUGACAUGAUGAAUGUAUGUACCAGUCUGUCCAUAUUCCUCUGUCUUUUCUUUUUAUGAGGCUCCUUCUUUGAAUUCUGAUGUUACAGAUACCUGAAAAAAAGACAUAAUGAUUCACUGACAUGUGCGAAGCGUCUGGAUGUGAUGCGACCGAUGUUUAUUUUGUCAAGAUGUUCUGUAUUGUAAAUAUUUGAACGAGUUGUUUAUGAAGUUGCCUACAAUUUAGGUCACAGUGUGGCCAAAAGUAUUGGGACACCCGAUCUUUCAAACCGUUAUCGGACAUAUUCGGAUGCAGUGCCAUGAAAUCGUAUCCACACUUGAACUGAAAAAUCCUGUUCCAGAAGGACAAUACACAAAGACAGCUCUAUGGAGAUCUGCUUUUCAUGGGUUGGAAGAUGUGGAAGACCUCCCGCUAUAAAGAUCUGAGCUCAACCCUAUUGAACAUGUUGAAUGUGAGCUCCGACUGCACCGUUCCUCAGGCCUCCUCACAUCCUCACCAACAUCAGUAUCUGACUUUAUUAACACCCUGGUGUCUGAUAGAUCACAAAUCUCCUCACAAUCCCCAAAAUCCAGUGGAACAUCUUCCCAGAAGCGUGAAGCUUAUUAUUAACAGUAGUGUGGAAUGGGAUGAUCAAAAAGAUGCACAUAGCAAAUUAAUGGUCAAGUGUCCAAAAACUUUUGGCCAUACAUAGUGUAACUGAUGUAAGUGC